GACAAAUCUUACUUUGCCUGUCUCGCACUUUGUCGCAAAACAGACCAGGCCACCCAAAUCCGACCCCCACGCCCGCCUGACCAGUGACCACUCACCACCGCGAUCCAUCGUCACGCUCGACGCCGCGUGAGCUUGUGCUGUUUGUCUUCGUCGAUACGCUCUCCAGCUUCUCGUCGUCGCCGCUGUUGUUUCUUGCUGUUUGAUCCAUCGUCUAUCGUCCCCGUUCAUCGUCCGCUUGUGCGCCUGUGCCCGCCGUGCCUCCCUGUCCGGUUCCGAGGCUUCCCAACUGCGCAUCCGAUCCACUCGUCAUUUCGUCUCUUGGCUUACUGCCAUCCGAAACCCUGCAUCCUGCUUUUUUUCUCUUCCGCUGCCUCUUGCAUGCAACAUACAUCAUUAUUCCCUGCCGCAUCAUCCCCAGCCCAUCGCAACCAUAAACAAUGCCUUCCGCCAACGCUGCUUCCAUGUCCAGCAUUGCCUUGUGGUACCGCCUGUUCUUUCUUUACAUUGAGCCCCUGGCCACCAUCAUAGGUGCUUACUACGCAUGGUAUCGGCAGAAUGACUACCUCGACAUGACUUACGCCUCGGCUUCGGCCGUUUCCCUCGGCCCAUCCGCCCGCGAAAGCAUCGUUCUGAAUCAACUUGCAAAUAUGUAUGCUGUAUUCGCACUAAACGAAGCCCUUGUCUUACGCUCAACCACCAACCUUCGCGUCUGGAGAGUCUUCCUCUUCGGCCUUUUGCUCGCCGAUUUUGGUCACAUCUACAGCGUCAAGGAUGUGGGGUACGACAUUUAUUGGCAAUUCUGGGAUUGGAAUUCAAUGUACUGGGGUAAUUUGGGUUUCGUCUACGUGGGAGCUGCUACCAGAAUCGCUUUUCUCACUGGGCUCGGCGUUUGAGUUGCGCCUGGUCCAACGACUUGGUUCUCCAUGUUCGAGCGAGAUCUCAGAGAAGACGCGAGUUAGGGCUCCCGACAUGUCCCAACGGUGUGUCUGGCUCUGCGACCUCGAACUGUAUGAGAGUGACUGCUCUCUAGCAAUUUCAAACACCUUCUCCGUUGUACAAUGCUCGGCAGGAACGUUCAAACCAGCCACUUGGAUACGGCUCACGUCUCAGAUGUCUCAGCCAUGCGCCGUAUUCCGUGCCCCCAUUCGAUGUUUCGAUACUCAGGGGUGCUCGGUUCGUGGCUCCCGUCAAUCACUCUUACUACAAAGCUUAUAUAUGGUAUGCGUGUCACUGCAGCUCUCACUCAGCUUCGACGAUGGUGUGCACACUAUGUGGAGACUUGUUCAGUGCCGUCUGAUAGAAACUCUGGUCCAAUAGAGC